UACAAGAAGGGGGUUGUUGAAAGACACAGAGAGGAGAGAAAGCGAAAGAAAGACUGGGAUAGACAAGUGACGCCAACCUGCAGUAUACUGUGGAAAUCCAGAGGGGAAAAGAGGGGAUUGAAAAAGUUGCAACAUAAAGACAAGGCCAUCGCGAUAAGUGAGAGAGGAGACUGAGAAAGGAGUGUGUGAGUUGUUAGCUGAGUGAGCAAGGGAGGGGGAGGACAUAGAGGCGUGCACCAUGAGAGGCUGAGUGCUUUGGCUAAGGGAAAGUUCACUCCACAUUUACCCUGGCAUGCAAUAGGAGGAGAUACGGUUUAUACUUAACUUUUCAGCAAUUUUGAAACAUUCUGUGUGGUUUUUUUUUUUUUUUGUUUUUUUUUUACACUGAGAAAAAUACUCUUACCAAGGACUACAUCUUGAGUCUUCACACCACAUUCUUAACAUGAAGUGGGGAAAGGAGUUCCUUCUACUACUUGGUUUUAUGUGUGUGAUGGCAAUAUGCAUCACCCCAUGUAAUAUAGGAUUUCAGUCAGGUCCAACUGGCUGCACUGACGUCAAUGAAUGUGAUACUGAGAACCCAUGUCCAAAGCAUUCAAAGUGCUUUAACACAAAUGGUAGUUUCUAUUGUCAGUGCUUGGGUGGAUACAAAAAUCAUGGAGGGACUGUGAAUUUCACCUUGGGUGGAGACUGUCUAGAUAUCAAUGAGUGCACAGAACAAUCAGACAUAUGUGGACUGGGCGCCAAUUGUUCAAACAUCAUUGGGGGCUACAGCUGCACCUGCGAUUCUGGUUAUUUCAACAACACCAGUGUUUAUCCACGGGGGGUGUGUGCAGAUAUCAAUGAAUGUAAAGAUGCCAAAUUAAAAAAUGAAAAAAUCUGUGGCGAAGGGAAUUGUACGAAUCUCAAUGGCAGUUACUAUUGCAAGUGCCCGGGAGGCUACACAAACUUCAAUAACAAGAAGACUCCAUGCUCAGUUUUGGACUGUGACAGCUUCAUUUCACCUGGGAUGUCUCCCUCUCCAUCACUUAGCGGCCUGGCAGCCAUUUUCUCCAUGAUGAGGAACAGCUGUUUGGCUCUAUCCGGCUCUACAGUGCCUGGUGAGGGGAAGGCUAAUGGAGAGGCGCUACUGGAGAAAUUUUUCACCGCCACAGAGACUGUUCUGUCACCCUUGCAGCAGCUGGACAGUGAUGAGGAUAUGACCGACUUGCUGCAUACGGUGGAGGACUCCAUCAGGUUUAUUGGCCCACAGCUAAAGCACAAAGUCAACAGGAUAGAGACCACACAGACUGAUGCUGAGAUCGCAGUGGAGAGGGGUCGCACCCGACCGACUGGAGCAGUGAGUCUGUCCAAUGAAAAUGCACACCUCAAAACGGAUUGGGCCACAGCAUCUGGGACAGGCCCCUAUCCUGGGUUCACCAUGGCUGCUCUGUUGAGUUAUAAAAACUUGGAGAAAUAUGUAAAACAGUCUUUUGAUGGGCUCAAGAAACAGGAACAAGGCAAAGCAGAUCCAUCAUUUCAGAUCAACUCUAAAGUGGCUUCUGUUGUUGUGUCCAAUCCUUCCACUCAAAACCUGAGCCACCCGGUCUACAUAACACUCAAACAUAUUGAGGCCAAUAAGGAGAAUGACACGCUGAAGUACAAGUGUGUGUACUGGAGUAAAACUGGGGCCUGGUCCACAGAUGGCUGCAGUAAAUAUCUGUCUAAUGCCACACACACAAUCUGUUGCUGUGAGCAUCUGAGCAGCUUCGCCGUCCUCAUGGCUCUGUAUCCUAUGGAGCAUACAUUUGGCCUCCAGCUGGUGACGAAGAUUUGCCUGAUCAUCUCCCUGUUGUGCCUGGUCAUGUGCAUCUUCACAUUCUCAUGCUGCCACUCCAUAAAAGGGACGCGGACCACCAUCCAUCUGCACCUCUGCAUCUGUCUCUUCAUCGCCGACCUGGUCUUCCUCGCUGGUAUCUCACAGACUGAACCUGUGGGUGGCUGCCGGGUUGUUGCUGCUCUGCUCCAUUACUUCUUUCUGGGGGUCUUUACAUGGAUGUUGUUGGAGGGAGUGCAGCUGUACCGGAUGGUGGUCCUUGUUUUUAAUGCCACACUGCGACCUCUGUACCUCUUUGCCUUUGGCUAUGGGGCGCCUCUCGCUGUUGUCAUUAUAUCUGCCAUCAUACGACCUCAGGGAUACGGCACAAACCAGCACUGCUGGUUGUCUCUGAAAGAUGGCCUCAUUUGGAGCUUCUUUGGCCCAGUGUGCGUCAUAAUUAUCAUGAACGUCGUAUUCUUCAUCCUAACUGUGUGGAAACUGGCUCAGAAGUUUGCCAGUCUCAAUCCAGACCUGUCCAGACUGCAUAAAAUUAGAGCAUUCACAGUGACAGCCAUAGCCCAGAUGUGUAUACUCGGACUCAUGUGGGUGUUUGGGGCUUUCCUGUUUGAAGGGGCCGCAAACUCUGCAGUGGCGUAUAUUUUCACUAUCCUCAACAGUCUGCAGGGGGCACUGGUGUUUGUCAUGCACUGCUUACUGUCUAAACAGGUACGAGAUGAGUAUGCGCGCCUCUUUUCCUGCAUCUGCACACCAGAGAAGAGAUACUCAGACUUACUCAGCAGCACAAAUCCUUCCAGCAGCCAAUCACAAUCACAGGGGUCUCGGAGUGGCCAGAACACAGGAAAUUCACAAAUCUGAAGAGCAGGACUUCUCAGGCUAAAAAAAAACCUCUUUACCUUUACCUUUUCAGUUAUUAUUUUUUACUAUUAAAGUUUUGCUAUAAUGCGGAGAGUCCUGAACUGGAUUUGGGAUCCCAUAAAGUUUUAUAUAUGUCUACAAAUUCAAGUUUCAAAAAGGACUUGUGUGUAAAAUAACAGAGAAAAAACAUUUCAUUAGCUACUUAUUUCCUGGGAAUUGUAAACCGAGCAAAUAAACAUGCUUGAUAAUAAUUUAGAAGUACUAGCUUUCACAGAAGAUAUUUUGACUGAAAGACUUUUUGUCUGAAUCUUUUUGUUUGUUCAACACAUUUUUAGUGAAGUAGAAGCCAAACGGUAAUGACUACAGAAUGUCCCUAUGUGAUAUAAUAUGACCUUCAUAGUGGACAGUCUAUAUAAGCAUAAGCUGUACUGGUUUUAGAGGGAGAAAAUUCAGUUUAUUCUAUUUAUUUUUAACAAAGCUUAUAGCAACAUAUGGGAGAUGUUUGUUGUUGUACUUGUUGCAUAUGUAUGUUUUAUGGGCAUACCACCUUGUCAAUUCCUGACCUUGUGUGAUUUCAGAAGCUAAGCAGGGUUAGGCCUGAUAAAUACCAAGUGCCACAGUGAAGCAGCAGUGGCUCUGGUCCAAAUGGCCAUUGUGUCCUUAGACAAGACGCUUCACCCACCUUGCCAAGUAUGAAUGUGGUAUGCGUGUGUGCGUGUGUGUGUGAUUUGUGGUGGUCAGAGGGGCAGAUGGUGCACGUUGGCAGCCUCAAUCUACCCCAGGGCAGCUGUGGCCACAAUAGUAGCUUACCACCACCGUGAAUGAAUGAAUAAUGUACAGCAUCUGGAGAACCACUGCAUAAGAUUAAUGCGUAAUUGUUAUGGAUACAUUUAUGAAGUGUCUCUUAAACUUGGGAAACUAUUGACAACAAAAUAAGUGUUUUCUUUGUCACUUAUGGCUCUCCAUCAUUCAUAAAUGUUGUAUUUUGAGUAUUGCAGCUUUGCUUUAUUCAAUUAUCUGUGACAUUUUAAUGCCCACAAGCAAAAAUAGACCCUGUUUAGAUGAUCUCUGGGUCUUAGUUUCCUGUGGGACCCAGACUGUUUACCUUCUUAAAUUCCUUGUUUCUUAUCACAUUAAUUGCACCCUGCAAACACUGUCCGUCUGUAGAAACUGCAUCAAAACCUCUAGUUGUUGUUGGGAGCUUUUGAUUUAUUUUACUGCACUUUUGCUGUCUGAAAACUUGACACCAGCGUUACUGUUAACAUGCAAAACAGUUUACACAUUGUAUAAAGCUAGAACUGUAAUAUAUUUCUUAAAGGACAUCUUUGAUAGUUAUUGUUUUUUGUUGUUUUGUUUUGUUUUGUUAAUCAAGUUUUAUUUUGCCUUAUUUUUUCCAGCUGUCCUCUGGAUGCGUGCACCACUUUUUACAGAACAUGUGUAUAUAUUUUAUUGUUAUUAUGGCAUUGUGAAAAGCUUAUGCUUUAUGAAGCAUCUUGUGAAUGUAAAAACUUCUACAAAGGUAUAUGAGCCUAUUUUUGUACUUUUUGUUGUAUGCUUGGUACUGUUUUUCUUCAUAGAACUAUUACACAGAUUUUUAAUAAAGCUUUUUUAGCAAUUACA